AUCGCCGCCGUGGUUCUGCAGGGACCAUAGCAGGCUGGAGUUGAGUCUUUAACAAAGUGGCGAUCAAUUCACCCCGUCGGAUACAAACUUUCUUUCUAGCGCAAAUAGCUCGAAGAAUGGAGCCGGAGUGAGGGGAAUUUGAAGUUAGAAGUGAUUGCAAUGGAGAUCUUACUUGCGGAAAUACUUUUCUACAGUAGUCUGGUCUUUGUAGUUAAUGGAUCGCCGCUGUUGCUGUUUGCGAACCGAAGAGACGUGCGAUUGGUGGACGGAGAGGGGGGGUGGGCGGAGUCAGCGGUGGUCGUCAGUGGCCUGGAGGAUGCGGCAGCGGUGGACUUCCUGUUUGCCGAAGGCCUGAUCUUCUGGACUGACGUCAGUGAGGAGGCCAUCAAGCAGACCUACUACAACCAGUCCAGCAAUGCUGUGAAGGAAGGCAUCCUGGGUAACGGGCAGACGGUGGUGGUGUCGGGACUGGACUCCCCCGACGGGCUGGCGUGUGAUUGGCUGGCCCGCAAGCUCUACUGGACCGACUCGGAGACCAACCGCAUCGAGGUGGCGGAGCUGGACGGAACCUUCCGGAAGGUCCUGUUCUGGCAGGACCUGGACCAGCCGCGUGCCAUCGCCCUCAACCCCGCGCAACGCUACAUGUACUGGACGGACUGGGGGGAGGAGCCCCGGAUUGAGCGGGCGGGCAUGGAUGGCAGUCACAGGAAGAUCAUCGUGGAGACGGACAUCUACUGGCCCAACGGACUCACCAUCGACCUGGACCAGCAGAAGCUGUACUGGGCCGACGCCAAGCUCAGCUUCAUACACCGAGCCAACCUGGACGGGUCCUCGCGGGAGACGGUGGUGGAGGGCACUCUCACACACCCGUUUGCGCUCACGCUGUCGGGGGAGACACUGUACUGGACGGACUGGCAGACGCGCUCCAUCCACGCCUGCAACAAGCAGACGGGUGACAAGAGGCGCGAGAUCCUCAACGGCAUCUACUCCCCCAUGGACAUCCAAGUGCUGGGCCCCGAGAGACAGCCAAUCAUCCGGACCCCUUGCAGUGAGGGCAACGGGGGCUGCUCCCACCUCUGUCUCCUCUCUCCUGUGGAGCCCUUCCACACCUGCGCCUGUCCCACCGGAGUCCGACUGCAGGAGGACGGCAAGAACUGCCGGCCCGGGGCGGAGGAGGUCCUGCUCCUGGCUCGCCGGACCGACCUGCGCCGGAUCUCCCUGGACCUGCCCGACUUCACCGACAUCGUCCUGCAGGUGGAUGAUAUCCGACACGCCAUCGCCAUCGACUACGACCCCGUGGAGGGGUACGUGUACUGGACGGACGACGAGGUCAAAGCCAUCCGCCGCGCGCGCAUCGACGGCAGCGACGCAGAGACCCUGAUCACCACGGAGAUCAACCACCCUGACGGGAUCGCCGUGGACUGGGUCGCUCGCAACCUGUACUGGACCGACACCGGGACCGACCGCAUCGAGGUGACCCGGCUCAAUGGCACCUCCCGCCGUAUCCUGGUGUCGGAAAACCUGGCAGAGCCCCGAGCCAUCGUCCUGGAUCCGGUUGGAGGGUACAUGUACUGGACAGAUUGGGGUGAGUUGCCGAAGAUUGAGCGGGCCAACCUGGAUGGCUCCGACCGGCUGAUCCUGCUGAACUCGUCCCUGGGCUGGCCCAACGGUCUGGCCAUCGACUACACCGCCGGCAAGCUGUACUGGGGCGACGCCAAAACUGACAAGAUCGAGGUGAUAAACGUGGACGGGUCGGAGCGGAGGGUCCUGCUGGAGGACAAGCUGCCGCACAUCUUCGGCUUCACGCUGCUGGGAGACUUCAUCUACUGGACCGACUGGCAGAGACGCAGCAUCGAGCGCGUGCACAAGACCCUCGCCGUGCGUGAGGUCAUCAUCGACCAGCUGCCCGACCUCAUGGGCCUGAAGGCCACGCGCGUCACCACCGUGCACGGUACGAACGGCUGUGCGGAGGACAACGGCGGCUGCAGCCACCUGUGCUUCCACCGGCCGCAGGGCCUGCGCUGCGCCUGCCCCAUGGGCCUGGAGCUGCUGAGCGACCUGCGCAGCUGCAUCGUGCCCGAGGCCUUCCUGCUCUUCACCAACCGGCCCGACAUCCGCCGCAUCUCGCUGGGCACCAACAGCAACGACGUGGCCAUCCCGCUCACCGGCGUCAAGGAGGCGUCCGCCCUCGACUUCGACGUGCUGGAGAACCGCAUCUACUGGACCGACGUCAGCACCAAGAUGAUAAGUCGAGCCUUCAUGAACGGAAGCUCAGUGGAGCACAUGAUCGAGUUCGGGGUGGAUUCCCCAGAAGGCCUGGCGGUGGACUGGAUGGGGCGGAACGUGUACUGGGCCGACACCGGGACCAACCGGAUCGAGGUGUCGCGGCUGGACGGGCAGUACCGGCAGGUUCUGGUGUGCAAGGACCUGGACAACCCGCGAUCCCUCGCCCUGGACCCAGCCAACGGCUACAUGUACUGGACGGAGUGGGGGGGUAAACCGCGUAUCGUGCGCGCUCACAUGGAUGGCAGCAACAUGGUGACGCUGGUGGAGAAGGUCGGCCGGGCCAACGGCCUCACCAUCGACUUCAUCGACCAGCGGCUCUACUGGACCGACCUGGACACCUGCAUGAUCGAGUCCUCGGACAUGCUGGGACUGCAGAGGGAGACGAUCGCCGACGACCUGCCGCACCCCUUCGGGCUCACGCAGUACCGAGACUACAUCUACUGGACCGACUGGAACCUGCGCAGCAUCGAGCGGGCCGACAAGCGCACGGGUCUGAACCGCACCCUGAUCCAGGGACACCUGGACUACGUGAUGGACAUCCUGGUGUUCCACUCAUCGCGGCAGGAGGGCGGGAACGAGUGUUCCCAGGGCAACGGGCAGUGCGCCCACCUGUGCCUGGCCUCGCCCGAGGGCGCGCAGUGCCGCUGCGCAUCGCACUACACCCUGGAGGCCAACGGCAGGAACUGCAGCUCUCCUUCCAGGUUCCUGUUGUUCAGUCAGAAGGGCUCAAUCAGCAGGAUGGUUUUGGGAGAGCAGAGCCCUGACAUAAUCUUGCCCAUCCACGUGCAGCGGAACGUUCGGGCCGUGACCUUCGACCCCGUGGAGCGGCUGGUGUACUGGGUGGACGGGAAGAACAUCCGGCGGGCACGGGACGAUGGGUCACAGUCCUCUGUUGUCGUGACGACGGCUCCGGGUCACCAGCAGAGCCCUGACCGGCAGCCCCACGACCUCAGCCUCGACCCCUACAGCCGCACGGUAUUCUGGACCUGCGAGUCCUCCAACACCAUCAACGUCCACCGGCUGGACUCUGUCUCCAUCGGCGUGGUGCUGAGGGACGACCACGACAAGCCACGCGCCAUCGUGGUCAAUGCCGAGAGAGGGUACAUGUACUUCACCACGGUGCAGGAGCGUUCGGCGAAGAUCGAGGGAGCGUCUCUGGAUGGGACGGAGCGCGAGUCCCUCUUCACCACGGGGCUGAUCCGGCCCGUCGCCCUGACGUUGGAUAACCGGCUGGGGAAGCUGUUCUGGGCUGAUGCUGACCUCAAACGCAUCGAGAGCAGCGACCUGUCUGGAGCCAAUCGGAUCACGCUGCAGGACUCGAACAUCCUGCAGCCGGUGGGGCUGGCGGUGCUGGGUGAGCACCUGUACUGGAUCGACCGGCAGCAGCAGAUGAUCGAGCGCGUGGAGAAGCUGUCGGGGGACAAGCGCACGCGGAUCCAGGGCCGCAUCGUCCACCUGACCUCCAUCCACGCCGUGGAGGAGCUGGAGCCCCAAAGGAUCGCAUCACAUCCCUGUUCCCGUGACAACGGAGGCUGCUCUCACAUCUGCAUCGCCAAGGGAGACGGGACACCCCGCUGCUCCUGCCCCAUGCACCUGGUCCUGUUGCAGAAUCUGCUCACCUGUGGAGAGCCGCCCACCUGCUCCACGGAGCAGUACACCUGUGCCACGGGCGACAUCGACUGCAUCCCGAUGGCGUGGCGGUGUGACGGCUUCGCAGAGUGCGAGGACAACAGUGACGAGGAGAACUGCCCCGUCUGCUCCUCCCUGCAGUUCCAGUGCGACAAGGGCCAGUGCAUCGACGCCCAGCUGCGCUGCAACGGAGAGCUGGACUGCGCUGACAGCUCCGACGAGCAGGACUGCGACAUGAUCUGCCUGCCGAAUCAGUUCCGCUGUGGGAACAGCCAGUGCAUCCUGAAGAAGCAGCAGUGCGACUCGUACAGCGAUUGUGCGGAUAACUCAGACGAGGAGUACUGUGAGUUCCGGAACCCCUCCUCCAGCGACCCGGGACACAGCAGCACCAUCGGCCCGGUAAUUGGGAUCAUCCUAUCCGUGUUUGUGAUGGGCGGGUUGUACUUCCUGUGCCAGAGGGUGGUCUGCAGGCGCUAUAAGGGUCCGAACGGAGCCUUCCCCCACGAAUACAUCAGCAGCACCCCCCACGUACCCCUUAACUUCAUCGCCCCGGGCAGCUCCCAGCACCCCACCUUCACAGGUAUCUCCUGUGGGAAGAACAUGAUGAGCUCGAUGAGUCUGAUGGGCAGCAGUAGCAGCGGGGCGCCACUUUACGACCGGAAUCAUGUGACCGGCGCCUCGUCCAGUAGCUCGUCCAGCACUAAGGGAGCCUUCUACCCCCAGAUGCUGAACCCGCCCCCGUCUCCGGCCACUGACCGGUCUCUGUACAAUGGAGAGAUCUUCUACUCGUCCAAUAGUCCGUCCACCACCCGAUCCUAUAGGCCGUACCUCAUGCGUGGCGUGGCCCCGCCCACCACCCCCUGCAGCACGGACGUGUGCGACAGCGACUACACCACCUGCCGCUGGAAGAGCAACAAGUACUACAUGGACCUGAACUCCGACUCAGACCCCUACCCGCCACCCCCCACCCCCCGCAGCCAGUACCUCUCCGCAGAGGAGAGCUGCCCCCCCUCCCCCUCCACGGAGCGGAGCUACUUCCACCUCUGCCCCCCCCCGCCAUCGCCCUGCACCGACUCCUCGUGACCCCCCCCCCCCCCCCGAACAGAACCAG